GUGCAGAGGGCAGCCCGGGAGAAGGCCGGGAAGAUGGCGGCCUCCUGGAGGCUAGGCUGUGAUCAGCGGUUGCUGCGUGGGCUGGUUAAGGGGGCUGCUGUGUGGUCUGCCGGUCAUGGAGCUAGUUGGAGAUGGUUUCACAGCACGCAGUGGCUGCGAGCUGAUCCUAUUACGAUACUAAUGCCAUCACUGUCUCCUACAAUGGAAGAAGGGAACAUUGUGAAAUGGCUGAAAAAGGAAGGUGAAGCUGUGAGUACUGGAGAUGCCUUAUGUGAAAUAGAGACUGACAAAGCUGUGGUUACCUUAGAUGCAAGUGAUGACGGCAUCUUGGCCAAAAUAGUGGUUGCAGAAGGAUCUAAAAAUAUACGGCUAGGUUCACUAAUUGGUUUGCUAGUUGAAGAAGGAGAAGAUUGGAAACAUGUUGAAAUUCCCAAAGAUAUAGGUCCUUCGUCACCAGCUUCAAAACCAUCAGUGCCUUGCCCUUCACCAGAACCACAGAUUUCUACCCCUGUCAAAAAGGAACACACACCAGGAAAACUACAGUUCCGUUUAAGUCCAGCUGCCCGCAAUAUUCUGGAAAAACACGCACUGGAUGCUAACCAGGGCACAGCCACUGGCCCUCGGGGGAUAUUCACUAAAGAGGAUGCUCUCAAACUGGUCCAGUUGAAACAGAUGGGCAAGAUCACUGAAUCCAGACCCACCCCAGCCCCGCCAACCAUUCCCACAGCGUCUUUACCCCCACAGGCCACAGCCAGGCCAUCUUAUCCCCGGCCAAUGAUCCCUCCAGUAUCAACUCCUGGACAGCCUAAUGUAGCGGGCACGUUCACUGAAAUCCCUACUAGCAAUAUUAGAAGAGUUAUUGCCAAGAGGUUAACUGAAUCUAAACGUACUGUACCUCAUGCAUAUGCUACUACUGACUGUGACCUUGGAGCUGUUUUAAAAGUUAGGCAAAAUCUGGUCAGAGAUGACAUCAAAGUAUCAGUAAACGAUUUUAUCAUCAAGGCAGCAGCUGUUACCCUUAAACAAAUGCCGAGUGUUAAUGUAAGCUGGGAUGGAGAGAGCCCAAAGCAACUGCCCUUUAUUGACAUUUCAGUGGCUGUGGCAACAGAUAAAGGGUUAAUUACACCAGUCAUCAAAGAUGCUGCUGCUAAGGGUCUGCCAGAGAUUGCUGACUCUGUGAAGGCUCUAUCAAAGAAAGCUAGAGAUGGAAAAUUGUUACCUGAAGAAUACCAAGGAGGAUCUUUUAGUAUUUCCAAUUUGGGGAUGUUUGGCAUCGAUGAAUUUACUGCAGUGAUCAACCCUCCUCAGGCCUGCAUUUUGGCUGUUGGGAGAUUCCGACCUGUGCUGAAGCUCACUCAGGAUGAAGAGGGUAAUGCCAAACUGCAGCAACACCAGCUCAUAACGGUCACAAUGUCCAGUGACAGCCGAGUGGUAGAUGAUGAACUGGCUACCAGGUUUCUGGAAAGUUUUAAAGCAAACCUGGAGAAUCCUAUCCGACUUGCCUAAUCCUCAAAGAUGAGAAGUUGGUCUUUGGCUUAGUUAAUUGUAUCAUUGUUACUGAGAAACAUACACUAUAGGAAAACAAUUAGGUAUUUAAGUGUAAAGUGAAUGAAAUGUUUAUUUAGGGUGACAGAGUUUGACCUGAGUUGUCUUCAUUUUCGUUUUGGGUUCAGAGUUAUAUAAAUAAAUAACAAACUGUAACUAAUGGAAGGAAGAGAACAUUUGGUUAGUCAGAUGCAUUUUUAAUUUAACCACUGGUGCUGUACAAAAGGGAUGUUCAGCUAGAUGUAAAUUAAAUUAGAUAUUUGGCUCAUUGGAGCAUUUUAGAAUAUUUGAGGAUGUAUGAUAAGUUGUAAAAGCAAAAAAUUUUAGAACUCUACCUUAAUUGUGUUGAAAUUAGAAGUGGUCUUCAAAGAGAUGCCCAUUAAUGUAGCAGUGGGACGUCACUUUUAUAAGCACUGCUCUAGAUGUACUUGAACAAUUUAGUAUGUACAGAAGUUUAUUCUGGAUACUAGCAGAUAAAUAAGAAUCACUCUGUAUUAGGGGUUGUGGCAACAUUAUUGAAUUUUUUAUGUAUAUAAAGCCAUAUGUUUUAGAGUGGUUUCUAUCAGUCUUAUUUUACACUUCUGUGACACUGUGAACUAAAGAAGAAGAAUUAAAAAGAAUCAAAGGUGAAGAAAGAGACCAAAAUAUUUUGUUUGCUUUGAUAAUAAACUACAGUGAAAACAUCUAAACCUUCAGAAAUAAACUGCUCACCUUCAUACUGAGUUGGGAUAUAUUAAAGUAAGUUAUGCUAUUUCCUACCUAACAUUUUAAGUUAGUGUUGAUUUAAACACAUGUUGUUACUUAGUGCAUUUUAAUCAAGUUUAUACUGUGCAAUAAAAUAUGAGAAAAUAUAAAAA